UUCCCAAGGUGCGCCGAGCCAAGCGGUUGGACGGGAGAUCACAGUGAUGUCAGGGGCAGGGAGGGCUUACCGCCGCAGAUAAGGCCCGCUAAUGGAGAUGAAAGCAAUCGCUAUUUAAAAGCUCUUUUUUAGUUAAGCAGUUAGCCCGACAGCGCGGUGGUGCGAGACUGGAGGCUGGAGGCUCGGGUCCGAGAGACGUGUCUCUGGGAUGGUCAAACUUCCGUUUUUUUCUUGAAUCCUUCUCGAACGCACCGGCUCACUGACGCUUUCGAGUGAAAGAAUCAGCAACGUGGUGACGGAUCUUGGUUGCGAAUGAUGACCCCCCGCGAGCAACUCAGGAAGAUGACGGCGCUGGGCGAGCAGGGAGCUCUGGACGAGAAGCACUGGUACCGGCUGGUUAAUGGCGUGUCUGCAAGCGAGCUGAGGCAGAGGCAGGAGAUGAUGAUGAGGAACCAGAUGGCCAUGGCGCCGCAGAUCCUCGCCCAGGGUCAGCAGAGGUUACAGGGGGUGCCGGCUCAGUUUGAACCGAGAUACAUGGAAAGGGACUUGGUCCCGCCUGCUGAGAUGGUGGCUCCUGAAGCCAGGCAGAUGCACAUGGGACCUCACCUGGGCCCCCCUUUAGCGCCACAUGCUAGUGUCCUUCCUGGAAGAACCUUUCCAGGAGCAGGCGGUUAUGGCUUCCUGCCCUCCGAGCCUCUGGAAACGGUUGCCCGGCGACAGGAGCUCCUUCACAAGCAAAACAUGGCCAGAAUGGAGAUGAACGCCAUCCUGCACCAGAAGGAGCUGGAGAACGCCCACCAGAAGGGUCUGAUGGGCAUGGAGGCCCCAAUGUCCUACCCGUCUAACCCCAUGGCCUUCAGGGGACGCCAGCGCAUACCCGAGAGCCACGACGUCUUCGUCCACCGCCCGGCCCUGGACGACCUCCACUCCGGAAGCCUGCUGAUGUCGGCUAGCCCAUAUCCGCCUGUGGGGACGCUGCACAGAGAGCGGGGCCGCAGGGUGGGAAGGAGGCCCGCCGCUCACAAGAGCGCCGAACACCCGGCGGGCAACGGCAAGGGCCCCGCCGAGGACAAGAGUGUGGAGCAAAGCCCGGGGGCUGCGUCCGGCGGGGAGGAGAAAGAAGUGGAUGUGAAGGGAGACACCGGGGACGAGGGGGCCACCGGAAAGGUGCAUCAUCAUCAUCAGAGCAAAGUGGACUCAGAGAUGGCUGCAGGAGGCAGGAAGAACUACAAGGAGGGGGAGGCGGGGCUUCGUAAGACCUGCGUCGGCGCCACAGAGGCGUGCCAGGAUGUGAGCAACAGCGGCGCCAGCGACAAGGAAGGCCAGUGCGGAUCUUUCCAGGAGAAGUUCAUGUACCCCCCAGCGGGAAUGCCGUACAUCUUCCCCGUCACUGGAAACGGCUUCCUUCCACCUGGGCCGCCCAACCUCUUCCUGAACGGCGACGAGGUGUCGUCGGACGUGAGGAAGUGGAGCGUCAACGACGUUUACAACUUCGUUAACAGCAUCCCAACGUGUUCAGAGUACGCUCAGACCUUUAAGGACCACAUGAUUGAUGGCGAGACCUUGCCCUUGCUCUCCGAGGAACACCUGCUGGACACGCUGGGCCUCAAGCUGGGGCCCGCACUCAAGAUACGCUCGCAGGUCUCACGGCGCAUGGGCAGCAUGCUCUACAUGAUGAACCUGCCGCUCCCGGCCGCCACCCUGCAGGCCGCCCCCGACAAGCCGGGCGACCCCUCGUCCGAGACGGGUUCCCCCGUCAACUGCAACAGCGAGGAGAUGAUGGCCAGCCCCCGAGAUGUGGACAUCCUUAAAGCCAGUGAACACCUCCAGGAGACAGACAACAAUUCACCUCCUUGUGCCAGCGCUGAGGCCGUGGUGUCUGUCCAAGCGUGAACAUUGGACUCUACCAUCUUGGACUCUACCAUCCUGGACUCUACCAUCCUGGACUCUCAUACAUACUAGCGAUUAGCGAUGGAAAUUAUUAUCAUCCACUUCAUAAGCUCCUGUUGACCGACAUUAGCGUAUAAAAAGCUAUUACACUACUAGCUAUUAUACUAUUAGCUAUUACACUACUAUCUUUUAUACUACUAGCUCUUACACUAUUAGCUAUUACUCAACUAGCUAUUAGCAUUACACUAUUGGCUGUUACACUAUUAGUUGUUACACUAAUAGCUAUUACACUAUUAGCUAUUAGCUGUUACACUAUUAGCUGUUACACUAAUAGCUAUCACACUUUUAGCUAUUAGCUGUUACACUAAUAGCUAUUACAAUAUUAGCUAUUAGCUGUUACACUAUUAGCUGUUAAACUAAUAGCUAUUACACUAUUAGCUAUUAGCUGUUACACUAUUAGCUGUUAAACCAAUAGCUAUUACACUAUUAGCUAUUAGCUGUUAUACUAUUAGCUAUUACACUAUUAGCUGUUACAUUAUUAGCUAUUACACUACUAGCUAUUAGCUAUUACACUAUUAGCUGUUACACUAUUAGCUAUUAGCUGUUACACUAUUAGCUGUUACACUAAUAGCUAUCACACUAUUAGCUAUUAGCUGUUACACUAAUAGCUAUUACAAUAUUAGCUAUUAGCUGUUACACUAUUAGCUGUUAAACUAAUAGCUAUUACACUAUUAGCUAUUAGCUGUUACACUAUUAGCUGUUAAACUAAUUGCUAUUACACUAUUAGCUAUUAGCUGUUAUACUAUUAGCUAUUACACUAUUAGCUGUUACAUUAUUAGCUAUUACACUACUAGCUAUUAGCUAUUACACUAUUAGCUGUUACACUAUUAGCUAUUACAUUAUUAGCUAUGACACAAACAGGCUAUUAGCUAUUUCACUGCUAGCUACUAGCUAUUACACUAUUAGCUACUAGCUUAGCUGUUGGAGCGCUAUUUUGGCUGAUAUUUAGGAACAUCUAGUCAUUUAUUUAUUGAUUUAUUUAUGUUUUGGCAUUUGAAUGUGUUACCUUUCUAAACCGUUUGAAUGGAUUGUAAAUAAAAAUGUAUUUUUUUUUUACAUUGGAAGGCGUGAUGCUCACCUAAGUGAUAAUAGCAGCAUCGAGUGAUUAUUUGUUAUAAUACAGUGUAUAAUAUUUCAUGCUAUAUUGCUGGAAUUAAUCAAGUAAAAAUUGCAUUGAAAAUAUAUUUAAAUAAAAGAAUCUACAAUGCAUAUUUUAAUGACUUAAUGGUUUGAUGGCACUCCCGUCUUUUUUCAAAUGUGGUUAUUUAUUUGAAUGAUUUUGUCUUAAAUAUUAUGGCACAAAAGCACUCAAUAUUUUUUAAAAUGUAGUUAGUUAAUUUAUUUUGUCUUUUAUGUUAUGGCACACACAAAAAAACAUAUUUUUUCAAAUUUAGUUGACGGAUUUACUUAUUUAUGGCACUAAAAAGAAGAAAACAAAAGAACUCCCAUAUGUUAGCAUUCUCCCACGGUUUGAAUUCGGUUAUUGUGUUAUUUAUAUAGUAUUUAGUUAUUAUUAUUAAUAUAGUAAUAUAUCAUCGACUUAAGUCAUUUCUACUUACAUUAUUUACGGCACAAAUAGAAUUCCAUAUACUGUAGACAAUACACGUGUAUUUACUGUUAUUAACUGAUUUUAU